AUGGCCUCUAGUGGACCACCUUCUGGAGCCCAGUCCGGCAUCACUAGCGAUGAUCUUGUUUUCUAUAUCGAUAUGGCUUUAGUCGGUAUCCUUGGAGUGGCUACACUCGUCUAUCUACCACGAACCAUAGCUCGAUACGCUCAUAAAUCUGGGAGGACGGAGGGGUGGCUGUUACUCCAAGGGAAACAAUCCAACCAAUAUCCCCGUAAACAAGCAGCAUCCAAAUCUGAAGCUUCCGUUCGUGAAAAGGAACCAACAUCUCCCAGAACAACACAUCAAUACCCGCCCAACCAACCCAAUCUUGGGGAUUUAUCAGCACCUACUAUUUCAUCCACUAUGCACGCCGGUAGUACAACAACAAUCAGAGCCCGCCUUCUUGCUUCAAAUAAAGGUCGCCAAUUGGGGGCGCCGCCAGCCCAUAUACCAAGUUUACGUUCCUUUGUUCCUCUUGCUGGGAAAUUCCUGGAUUAUCACAUUGCGGGCUACAGCAUUCGACAACUCACGAUUCUCUCAGUGUACCUGGCAAUCAUAUGUAUCGCAAUGUUUUACCAAUCCAAUCCGAAGACAAAUACCAAUCGUGCCGGUUUCGUGGUCAUGUCUCAGAUGCCUGUAGCAUUUGCACUCGGAACCAAGAAUAGUGUUAUCACUAUUCUAACCGGGAUAAGUUACGAACAACUUAACUUCGUUCAUCGAUGGGUCGGUCAAUUAAUGUUCCUCGCUUCGUUGUUUCAUUUUGUCGGGAAACUUGUAACAUUCACCGAACUUGGCAUUGUGUCCAUAGCGGUAUCAUCUCAUUCAUGGGGAGUGGUGGCCUUUUCUGCACUUUGUCUCCUUGCUGUGGGGUCUCAUCCAUGGUUCCGUGCCAGAGUCUAUGGAUUAUUUUUCUAUUCGCACAUAAUUGGCUUAAUUACAUUUAUGAUUGGGAUGUGGAAGCAUCAGCCCGAAGUUGCGCCUCCUUAUGUUGCUACUUGCAUUGUGAUAUAUGCAGCCGAUCAAGUAACAAGACUGGUGAAGACUCGGGUACGCAAGGCAAUAUUGACACCAGUCCCAGAGCUCGGUUCUACUCAUGUCUAUGUCCCACGAUUGGACAAGGGCUGGGUUGCCGGUCAACAUGUUAGGAUUCGAGUCCUCUCGUUCGGCGUGGGCCUGUUUGGAUGGGCGGAAUGCCAUCCUUUUACGAUUGCGAACUCUUCCAGUGACGCUCCCGAAGGGCUUACCCUCGUUUGUAAGCGUGCCGGUGACUGGACAUCAGCUUUGUACCGAAUGGCGAACAACAAAUCAAACUCGGAGGAACACCGUAGUGCUUACGUCUUGAUCGAAGGCCCCUAUGGCAAGUUUGGGCGCUAUCAGCGCGCUUCCUCCCACAUCGAACACUUUUUCAGCGGAGUUAUGCUCGUGUUGGGCGGUAGUGGCAUCACCUUUGGUACCUCGGUCCUGGAGGAUAUCAUUGCCAAAAAGGCAAGCGGAGCCGCUCGGGCAAUGUGUAUCAAUUUUGUUUGGGCCAUUCAGCACCCUUCUGCCGCAGAUCCGUAUUUGUCUACAUUCGUUGAAAUUGUUCAGCGCGCCGCGGACAUACCUGACUUGAGGUUGUCUGUCUCUGUCUUCUACACACGCGGAGCGGACAAUGCUUAUAGUUUAAAAACGCGUCUUCCUCCCAACGUUCAAAUUAAAAGCGGGCGUCCGGAUCUCUUGGAAGAAUUGAGCAGUGUUCUUGACAGAACUCAACAUGCGAUCAGCAUGCAUCAAUCACCUAAGAAUGGUGUUAUUCUGGCGGCAUGCGGUCCGGAUCAACUAAUUUCAAGCGUAUAUGCGGCGAAAUCUGGUGCGCCCUCGGAAGCCCAACGAUCCGUUGGAGGAUUGGAACUGCACACCGAAACCUUUGGGUGGUAG